AUGGCGUGUCGAGCGCGACCGGUAGCAUUGCCGCUUUCCGAGGAAGAGGCCCAUGUUGCACGGCAGUUGGUAAUGGCAGACGUUGAGAGCAGCGCGCGGCGGAGAGCGACCAGCCAACAGGCCUGCGAGGGAAAGCGCAAGAUCUGCCUCUUGGGCAAUAUCGGCGUGCAUGAUCUUGCUAGUCCUUUGCGCUCGUCCGCCCCCUAA